AUGGAGAAUUCGACGUUUGUCAGCUCUGAUGUAAGGGAAACUGUCAAGAUUGUACUGAACGCGUCCAUCAAUCCAACGAUCGCUGUCAUUGGCUCAGUGGGGAACGUGAUCAGUAUCAUUGCCUUCACUAAACAGGGUUUGAAGGACAGUGUGACCAUCUGUCUUCUGGUCCUCGCCAUGUCUGAUCUUGGAAGUCUUCUCUUCAUGAUCUGGGAGGCCGUGUGUUUGAAUCCUCUGCUGGUGGCCACAGAUCUCCCGUAUGAUGUGCUGGAUGUCCACUAUCUAACUGCAGCCCUCCCCCACGGGAUCUGUAUCCGUGUAGCCUGGUGGACCACCUGCGUCAUCGCCAUCGAGAGAUGUCUCUGCGUCACCCAGCCCCUCAGGGUCAAGGUCAUCAUCACGCCACGUCGCACGUGCGUCGCUCUGUUGGUCGUCACCCUCGUCUCCUGUGGGUGUGUCUCGCUGCUUUUAGCCAGCGCCCCAUUCGGACCUCGAUUCUCCCCCAGCAAAAACCGGACAAUUUAUGCCCGGACUUUUAAUGAAAAAAGUUACAUGAUAGACAGAGUGGGGUACCUGUUGAACGUGACUUGGCAGUUCGCAGCGUUCCUUACUAACGUGCUGUGUACGGCGCUAACCGUGUACCAGCUAAAAGCGCAAUCGGUGCGGCGCAGGAGGCUGACGCAGGGCGCUGUUGCAGGUCAGAAGGAGGCCCUGACCUCACGUGAUCUAAAAAUAGUCAAAAUGGUUGUGUCCAUGUCCCUGGUGCUCAUCGUCUGCGGGCUGCCCAGCUGCGUCAAUUUCGCGAUGGAGCUGGUCUUCUCGCCCAGGUACAGCAUCACAGGUGUUUACUCACACCUGGAUUACGUCAUAUGGUCAGGUGUCUUCACCCUCGAGGCAAUCCACAGCUCCGUGAAUUUUUUUGUUUACUACACAAUGAACGUCAGGUUUAAAUCUGCAGUGGAGGGAAUGUUUUCUUGUCUAUUUCAUCAUGAACGCCAAGUUUAA